GAGGAAGACGCACAGCAGCUGUUCAGUUUGUGUCGGUGUGAACUCGGUGUGAGCGGCUCCUCUCCUCUCCUCUCCCCGGCUCUCUCUACAUCCAUGCCCGCUCGGUAAACCUGCUCUGUCCGGGAUAUUCUGCUGUUCCACCGGAUCUCAGAGCUGUGGAAUGAGUUUUAUUAAAAACUGGGGACGCAGCUUUAAGAAAAAUGACAGCCAAAAGGACGCCGUGCAGGCACAAGACAUCCCUGACGGCCCGGACUCCCCGAGCCGGUUGUCAGUCAUAAACAGUCCAGAACUGGAUCCAGUCAUCACAGACUUCAGGUUACAGCUCCCGAACAACGAAGAUGCUCUGCAGUCAACAAAUCCAUCAAAUGGGUGCACGCGGUCAAACCUGUCGCUGGCCCUGGAGGACUGCAUGGCCGCCCUGGAUCUGUUCCUCAGAAACGACUUUGAGGAGGCGCAGACCCGGCUCAGAUGCAGAACCAAAGACAGCAUGUACCAUGCCCUGACCUAUGCCACCAUCCUGGAGAUGCAGGCCAUGAUGACCUUUGACCCCCAACACAUCCAGACUGCAGGAAACACCAUGAAGGAGGCCCAGGCCAUCUGUCAGCGGCAUCGCAAGAAGUCAAGCUUCUCCAAAAACUUCACAGAAGAGGAACUGCAUGCGGAGGUGUGCUACGCUGAGUGUCUCCUGCAGAGGGCAGCGCUCACCUUCCUUCAGGAUGAAAACAUGAUCAGUUUCAUUAAAGGGGGAAUCAAAGUGAGGAACAGCUACCAGACAUACAAAGAGCUUCACACAGUCCUCCAGUCCUCUGGCUACUCUCACGGAGACAACCAUGGCCAUUUUGAGGGUGGUGUUAAACUUGGAGUAGGAGCCUUUAAUCUAAUGAUUUCCAUGUUGCCCACACGGACGCUGAAGCUGCUGGAGUUUGUCGGUUUCUCUGGUAAUAAGGAGUUCGGUCUCCAGCAGCUUCAGGAGGGCUCUGCAGAAAGCACAUUCAGGUCCUUUCUAUGUAACAUGCUGCUGCUCUGUUAUCACACCUUCAUGAGCUUCAUUCUAGGCACUGGAGAAGGAGACGUUGAGGACGCAGAGAAACUGCUGCAGCCAUAUCUCAAAAAAUAUCCCAAGGGAUCCAUCUUCUUGUUCUUCGCUGGUCGAAUAGAGGAGAUCAAAGGCAACUUGGAUGCUGCUAUCAAGCGUUUUGAGGAGUGCUGCGAGGCUCAGCAGCAGUGGAAGCAGUUCCACCACAUGUGCUACUGGGAGCUGAUGUGGUGCUUCACAUACCAGAGGCACUGGAAGAUGGCCUACUUCUACGCUGACCUGCUCAGCAAGGAGAACGCCUGGUCCAAGGCUACCUAUGCGUAUAUGAAAGCAGCCUACCUCAGCAUGCUGACUGCGGAUGAUUGCCUAACCUUCGGGGAGACUGCGUUCACUCUGUUCAGGCAGGUCCCAGGGCUGAAGCAGAAAAUAGCAGGGAAAUCUUUACCAACGGAGAAGUUUGCUAUCAGGAAAGCCCGUCGCUACCUUGCAGAAAACCCUAUUCCUCUUCCUGCUCCUCCACUGGAGAUGAUGUACAUCUGGAACGGCUACACAGUCAUUGGCAAACACAAAGACCUGACUGAAGGCAUGCUGAAAACACUGGAUGAGGCACAGGCUAAACUUGACAGCAGCCCAAGGUCUGAGUUCACCGUAGAUGAUCAGUGUCUGCUGAGCCUCUUGAAGGGACUGUGUCUCAAACACCUGGGGCACCAGGAAGAGGCAGAACAUUACUUUACCCUCGUCCUCUGCAAUGAGUCUCAGAUCAAGUACGACCACUACCUGGUUCCUAAUGCCCUGCUGGAGCACGGCCUGCUGUGUCUGGAGCAAGGCAGAAAAUCUGAAGCUAUCAGACUCCUAGAAACUGCAAAGCAAAAUUACAAAAACUACUCGAUGGAAUCACGGACACACUUCCGUAUUCAGGCAGCUCUGCACAAGGCCAAGGGCACAGGGGAGAACGGCAUCCAUGUUCCCUCCAGCCCAUAACAGACACAGGAGGUCACACUAGAGCAAAGACAGCUUUCUGUUUCCACAGUCCCACAAUGCAACACUCAGCGCAGCCAGGCCUAUUUGGGCGUGGUGAUUUGUUUUAUCCAUCAGGAGGGUAGGAGAAGAUGGACGCUUGUUUAUCUCAUGUGUGCUGCCUUUUCGGGCGACUGCAGCUCUAUGUGGCCCUGACUGGUUAAGGCAGGGUUGCUACUUCCUGUUCCAGAAAUAUGUUAUGAUGAACUCCACUUCUUGGGGUAAUUUCAAAUAGAGACAAGUUGAGAAAUGUGCCUAUAUUUAUGAAACAUUGCUUCUAGCAGGCUUUGUCUAGCACUGUGGCCACCCAUAAGGGGCAGGAAACAAGGUGUGUAGUAGCCUAUAUACUGCUGAUUGCCUCCACUUCAACCUCAGAAUAAAAAUGUGCUCAUUUCAGGGUUGGAUCUGAUGGAGCCAGAGUACCAAAUCCCCCCAUAAAAAUUACUGGCAAUAAGUCCACGUGGCCAGGAGCACUAUUAAACCUGGUUUCUCCAAAGCUCUGCCACCUCUUUUAAUUAAUUGUAAAUUACAGAUUAAUUAUCAAAUGAAUUGAGUAGGUGGGAGAUGACACACUAUAGUUGACAUAGUUUGUCAUCAGUUACAUAUCAUAUCAUGCAACUCACCACAUGGUCCGUGGGUACUAUGAGACUGUUUUGUAUUGUCAUUUUUAAUAUUUUGGUUGACAGGUUUCACCUAUAGUUAGAUAUUUGAUCAAAAACAGUAUGAACUCAUUAGAUUAUUUAUAUGUUGGAUUCAGUUUUACACUACAUAAGCUUUGGUUCAUUGUGUUUCUCAGAAUGACUGUUUAUUUUACUGUUUUAAGUUUUCUUCCUUUCCUUUAAACCUAUUUAAACACUGAAAGACACAAAUGUAUUAUUGUGGAAUACUUUAUUUCAGUCUCCUACUGAUGAAA